AUGAGUAACUAUUUGUUCAGGAAAAAGCCCAAAAUAUUUUAUUCGUCACGGUCUCUGCAAAAUAGGUAUUUGAAGGUUUCUUAUGGAGAGCUACAUGAAGCAACCAAUGGAUUUUCUUCGUCCAAUUUAGUAGGUGCUGGUAGCUAUGGUUCCGUGUACAGAGGAUAUCUUCUCCAUUUUGAACAAUCUGUUGCAGUAAAGGUCUUGAAUCUUGAAGCUUGUGGGGCGUCAAAGUGUUUCACAGCUGAAUGCAAGGCUCUAGAAAAGAUCAAGCACCAGAAUGUACUUAACAUCCUGACUUAUUUUUCAGAAAGUUUGUUGCACAGCGACGAAGUGCUCGAAUCUAGAAAUUUAAAUAUCAACCUUCAACUUAGGGUAAAUAUUGCUCUUGAUGUUGCUAAUGCAUUGGAUUAUCUUCAUCAUGGUUCUGAGCAAGCUGUAGUCCACUGUGAUAUUAAACCAAGCAACGUUCUUAUUGAUGAUGACUUUGUUGCCCACUUAGGGGAUUUUGGGUUAGCAAGGCUCCUUAAUGUGGUCAUGGGACAUGCGAGUAGAGAUCAGGUUAGUUCGUCAGCAAUUAAAGGAACCAUUGGAUAUGUUCCCCCAGAGUACGGGGCAGGUGUUCGAGUAUCACCACAAGGAGAUAUUUACAGCUACGGAAUUCUUGUUUUGGAGAUGCUCACGGGAAAGAAACCUACAGAUGACAUGUUUGGUGAGGGUCUAACCCUACACAAAUUCUGUAUGAUGGCAAUUCCUGAAGGAAUCCCUGAAAUAGUAGAUUCACGUUUGCUUGUACCAUAUACUAGAGAAGGAACAGGGGUGGUCAUGGACACUAACAUCAGAGAGUGUUUGGCGUCCUUUGCUAGGAUUGGAGUAGCAUGUUCUGCAGAAUUGCCUGUUCGGCGGUUGGGCAUAAAAGAUGUGGUAAUGGAGUUGAAUGCAAUCAAACAGAAGCUGUCUUUCUAA